ACUCAAUCUAAUAAUCCUUUAACUACUCCUAUAAUUAGUUCCUCUGUAAACCUUACUUUAGCUGAAAAAACAAGAAAAAUUACCAUUUCUAAAUCAUCAAAAGAGAAAGAUUUUGAAACUACUAUCACUAGUCCUUUCACCUCAAGUAUACUUGAACUACCUGGUCAAUCAAGUACAGUUCCAACACAAAUAGACUCUGAUACUUGGACAACUAAUUUAAUACAACAGAUUAAAGGAGAAGACUAUUUUGAAUCUCUUAAAUCAAAAAUAACUACUUCAGAUAGUAUACAUUUAUUAAAUAAAUUGUUUUCGUAUUCUAGAGACCAAGUGUAUUUAAGAAAAUAA